AUGGCGUCUCCUCUGCGCAUUGGGCUCAUUGGUUCGACUCGUGGCUCUUCAUCACAGCUGACCUUUGACACGAUCAAAAGGGGAGAACUCAAUGCACAGAUUGUGCUGGUGGUUUCGAACAAGGGAGAUGCUGGCAUUUUGGAAAGAGGCAAGAAUGAAGGAGUGAAAGCAGUGCAUGUGCCGUGCAAAAAAGGUACUCCUCGUGCUGAGUAUGAUGCUCAGGUGACGAAGGUCCUUCGCGAAGAAGGGGUGGAACUGGUGAUGAUGUGUGGUUUCAUGCGAAUUGUAAGCCCGGAGUUCUGCAAAGAUUGGGAAGGUCGAUGCAUCAACAUCCAUCCCAGCUUGCUUCCAAAACAUGCUGGAGGCAUGGACUUGGAGGUUCACAAGGCAGUCCUCGAUGCUGGCGAAACUGAAAGUGGUUGCACAGUGCAUUUGGUCACUGAAGAGGUUGAUGGAGGCCCAAUUGUUGUACAGCGUGUAGUGUCUGUGGAGCCCGGAGAAACCCCAGAGACCUUGAAGGCCAAGGUGCAGGCAGAGGAAGGUCCAGCCUUCGUCGACGCCAUCAGAAAAUCCCCAUUCUAUCGUGAGGCCUCUCCAGCGGCGAAGUUCUUGCUUGAGAUGAAAGCAGAUCCUGAGGCAGGCACCAAGUUGGGUGAUACUCCUUUGCAGAUUGCGCAGCGCUUGGGCUUUCAGGAGACGGUGCAUGCAUUGUGCUCGGCGGGAGCUCCACUGCGACCAGGGACACCAAGCCGAGCAAGGAGUGCAUCUCCAAUGCCACCACGACCAAAAUCGAGCAGUAGCUCAAGUCCCAGGGUGGAUGGCGCAGCUGUCCCCAGUGGAUACCCUCCCCCUGCACCGCGGAGAGGCGCUCCACCAGUGCCCAGCCAGCCUCGCACCGUUCCACGGCCGUGA